AUCUCCAUUGUUAUGGCUGAGGACGUUUGUAAACCUCAAAAGCAAUACGAUUACUUGUUGAAAUUUCUCUUGGUGGGAGACAGCGACGUUGGUAAACAGGAGAUAUUAUCGGACCUAGACGAUGGGGCGCUCGAGAGCCCCUUUUGUAGCGGUAGCGGUAAGUCGUACAAAACGACGACUAUUUUGCUGGACGGCAAACGGGUGAAACUGCAGUUGUGGGACACUUCUGGACAGGGACGUUUCUGCACAAUUAUUCGGUCCUAUUCGAGAGGUGCUCAAGGAGUGUUGCUGGUGUACGACAUAACCAAUAGGUGGUCGUUCGACGGUCUCGAUCGUUGGCUCAAAGAGGUGGACAGCCACGCCCCGGGCGUACCAAAAGUCCUAGUCGGCAAUCGGCUGCACCUCGCGUUCAAGCGGAAAGUGGGGCAGCGCGACGCCGAAACUUACGCCAGCAAGCACGGAAUGGCUUUCUUCGAGGUGUCGCCGUUGUGCAACUUCAACAUCCACGAGAGUUUUUGCGAGUUGUCGCGCAUGGCGUUGCAACGGAACGGCAUGGAACGACUCUGGAGGUCGAACAAAGUGUUGAGCCUGCAGGAGUUGUGUUGUCGGGCGAUAGUUGCGCGCACGACAGUCUACAGUAUCGAGCAGCUCCCUCUACCUACGUGCGUAAAGUCGCACCUGAAGUCGUACGCGUUGACCUCGACCUCCGGUCAGCUGAAGUACACCCAGAGUCAGAAGAAAGCCCAUGGUAACAGGAAACUGAGGUUCACCAGCACACCUACUUCUCCGGGUACCGUCAUGGAGGAUCGAACGAGUUGCGUGCCUCGAAACUCUUGCGUGCUUUCUUGAUAAACGGCGACCGGCUCUUGUUUUCGUGUCUAUAUCGUUAUAUUUUAAUGUUUU